CAAAAACAAAGUCUGUUUCAAGAGGCGAACAGUAAUCAAAAUAGUAAAAUUACAUAAAGUUGCCAUUGUGGAUUGGUAAAACUUACCUCAACAUUCCAUAGAGCUGUCUUCUUGAUAUUAUCGUUUCGUUCAUCAAAUUAAAUGCCAAACAGAAUGACAGCCAAAUGGAGCAGUGAAUAUGUAGUUGCAGAGCAUAAAGAUCUACAGGCAAGCACAAUGGCAGUAGAUAGUUCUGGACAGUAUAUUCUAUUGGCCGGUCGAAGAUGCUUAGCAAUUGUAGAUGUUGAUAAUCCAACAUUUGUAAUAAAGAAAUUUCCACGUCAAAGCAAAUGGGAGGUUGGGUCAGCUGAAUGGAAUCCCCAUUCACACUAUUCAAAUUUGUGUGCCAUAUCGAGCAAUCAACGCACUGAAAUUCUGUCUUGGAAUGCAAUUGACCUGACCCCAAUCAAUUGCCUACGCUUUCACACUCGUGCAGUUAGUGAUUUAAAUUGGCAUCACUUUGAACCAGCACUCCUUGCAUCAUGUUCUGUAGACACCUAUAUAAAUAUAUGGGAUGUAAGAGAUCCUCGAAAGCCAUGUGUUUCCCUGUCAGCAGUAGUUGGAGCAACUCAAGUUCGUUGGAACCGAGUUACUGGUAACCUUUUAGCAACAGCGCAUGAAGGAGAUGUGCGAUUAUGGGAUUGGCGUAAAGGUAGCUCUCCGGUGCAAUACAUAGCAGCUCAUUUACAGAAAAUACAUGGGCUCGACUGGAGUGCUAAUCAAGAUUAUCAGCUUGCGACUUCGAGUCAAGAUUGUACUGUUAAAUUUUUUGACGUUAACAAUCCUCGGAUGCCUGAAAAUGCCCUGAGAACUGUUUCUCCUGUUUGGCGAGCACGGUUUACCCCAUUCGGCGAAGGCAUGAUGACAACACAAUUAAGGCGAGGAGAAAAUAGUCUAUUGCUAUGGAGGCUGUCAGACUUAUCAAAUCCCGUUCAUUCAUUCCUUGGGAAUAAUGAUCUAGUUCUUGAAUUUGAUUGGAAAUCACCGCGUUCUGAUGACGAUGAUUACCAACUUAUUACAUGGUCGAAAGACCAGAGCUUAAGAAUCUGGAGAGUGGACAUUAACCUUCAAAAACUAUGUGGCUAUGAACCUGAUAAUCAGCCACAAAUUGUGUAUGAAGAAAGUGAAUCCACUUUUAACGUUUUAAAUACUACUUUAGCCAUCGACGCCGUUCCCUCUAAAAGCGACAAAGAAAUUGAAAUGGGACUUGAAGUUGUAGAAGAAACGUAUAUGGACCUUCAUCGUAGUUUGGCACCGACGUUAAUUGUACCGGAUUCUUUACGCAUAGCCGGACACAAAAGCGUAGCCGCCUCAAUCGCUGCGGCUCAAGCAGUACUAACCAACACUUUAUCACCUACGUCUCAUCGAAAGAAGAAGUCUGCCAUCAACAACAAUGUUGGGAUAGAAGCACAUGCCCAGCCUGAACACUAUUCUUUCAGCAAGGAAGUUGAUCAAAUUAAGUCCUUAGGUUCCAUUAGUAAUGAUAAUUCAAUCAGCGUUUGCGACGUAGACGAGGUACAGCGGUGUCUAACAGCAGUGAUCCGUACAGCCAAACACCAAGUUGUGCUCCAUAUUUCCCUUCCUUCUUCUUAUCCGGAUGGGGUGAUUCCAAAUUUUUUGAUUGGAAAAGGAACCACACUCGAUGCUAAUGGAAGAUGCAGAAUAACUAAGGUAUUGAAACAAACAGCCACUAUAUCGUGCCGAAAAGGUCAUCCUUCUCUAGAGCUCGCCCUACAGCAGCUUCUUAGUACCCUCGAUCAAUUAACGCCUGUUGACAAAUCAGAAACUGAAUCCACAAAAAUUAUGGUGUUACCUGUUAGCUCUUCAACGGCAGGAAAUAAUCCUUUCAGGCUACCGCAAACCGGUCUUGGCCAUCCAGGUUUCCUGCAAAGUGCUGGUUUGUUUGGCACUUUAACCCAUCACCAAGAUCUAAACAUCCCUUAUCCUAGAUCUUCUGGCGCGCGGUUUUGUAGUACAGGCAUGCUGAUUUGCUUCGGCCGGCCGUCCUAUUUAAGGCGUAUACAUAAUAAAACUUUCGACGCGUCGGCCACGCCCCGCUCCCUGUCUGUGAACCAGGCUUAUUCUUCAAGUUUGGCACCACAUAACAUGACAACUCCAUCGAAUGCGGCCCCGUAUGGAAUAUUGUAUCCACCGGUUGCUCAAAGUCCCACAGGUGAUCCAUCUGUCAGCAUCUCGUCUUUCUAUAAUCAAGAUAGGAGGCAGAAAUCUCGGACAUCGAAAACGAAAAACAGACUUCCUUCUUAUAGUUCAUCGUCGGAGGAGAAUAAAAGGGGAACGCAUGAAACACGUCACCAUAAAGUGGUAGGAGUGGUAACUAUCUAUGACGCCUCUGGACUUAUGCCCCUACAGCUGGAGUUAGCGGAACGAUACGUAUUCAGUGACACCGAUACGGUCUGGAUGUGCAACCAAAAUGCCGCCGUUGCAUCGCAAUUUGGAAGGAAAGAUUUGGCAUAUAUUUGGUCCUUGGGUGCCCUCCUGGCUACUCCUACCUUGGUUAAUGACAAUCGUUCACAAGACCUCGAAACUCCUUGGGCUCAAAAUCCAUUUGGUCGGAAGCUUCUUCAUGCAAUUAUCGACCAUUACGUUAAAUUACGAGAUAUACAAACUGUCGCCAUGCUGUGCUGUGCCUUUGGCUACAAGUGUGAAAGUCAGGAUGUUUUCCGGCGGAAAACAACACGGUCCGAGUCAGGAAGCCGCAACUUACGGUGGGGGCUGAAGCCAGGAGACUCACCAUACCAUACAAUACACCCCGGAGACACGACAUUGGAUGGCUGGAAUCUCGUCACAGGCUUAAAACAAAUCCGUUCGAAUUCGUGGUCUGACUCUCUUGAUGAUUUCCGUCUCGGAACUCCUGGAAUGAAUCCUAUAUCGAACGGUCGUCCUUUACCAGUUACUUCAAUAUUCCUACCACACUCCACAACUAGCGCUUUAUCGUCAAAUGGGAUUGAGGGAAGCGGGGAGUGUAGAGACAAAGACUUAAGAUUACUCGAUCCGAAAUUUUCUGGAUUAUUUGACAACUAUCGUCGGUGUUAUGCUGACAUUCUUUACCGAUGGGGACUUCUUGAGGCGCGCGUUUUGGUGCUGAAGUACCUCUCCAGCCCCAUUGAUCCCCAUAGAGGCGUGGAUUUCGUAACUGAGUGCAAUCCCUGUAGAACAACCGCAAGGGGGCCGCAAUGUACCGUUUGCAAGCGAUUGUUGCUGAAUUGCGUCAUAUGUCGCGUCGUCGUAAAAGGCUCUGCAAGUUUUUGCCUCGUAUGUGGACACGGAGGCCACGGGAGGUGCAUGGCGAAUUGGUUUGCUGAAGAGAACGAAUGUCCUAGCGGAUGUGCUUGUAACUGUUUACUAGAAAACAAUACUGUAUUUUCCGUCUAGUUAAAAAGAAAUCUCGAACAUACACCUGUUUUCCAUUCGCAUCAUUGCAGUGGGACAAUGUCAGUUAUAUAUGUGCUUAUAAAUUUAUCUUUUGAUUUACGAAAAUUUA